AUGCAGCAGCGUUCGGCCAACAUCGCGGCGAGGCCGCUCACAGGCCUUGCAGCACCGUCGCCGCCGCUCGUGCUGCGAGCAGCGCGCUCGCCGCAGCCUGCCGCCCUGCCCGCCACUACCGGGCAGCUGCCCAGCGGCCCCACGGACGUGGCCCCUGACGUCCUGUUGAGCCUCCAAGAUGAGCGAACACGCAGCGGUCGGGAGGCGUCCACCAGCGGCCGACCAGGGGCCGACGCGCCAGGCAGCACCCGCACUGACGGCGCGCUCGCAAUCGUGCCGCGCACGCGCGCCCGCGCCGCGCGCGCGCUCGGCGCCCCUGGCUACCUGCCCGGCGCGGGGGCAGCGCCGACGGCAGCUGCAGAGGGCGGCAGCGCGCCUGGUGGCGCGCCCGGCGUAGCGGCGGGCGGCGCGGCGGGCGCUUUGGUGCAGCAUGUGGUCGACGGCCUGACGCAAGCGCCGUGGGCGGACGACGCGCUGAGGGCAGAGGUUGCCGAGGCAAGGGCCAAGGGCCAGCGCUGCGCCGCGCGCCCCGACCCGCCGGCUGCGCUGUCCGACUGGCUGCAGCGCGCCUCCGUGUCACGCCACUGGCUCGCCAUCGCUGCGGCGGCCGCGGAGGCGGGCGGCGGUGUGGCGGCGCUGCGCGUGGAUGCACUGGAGAAACUCAUCCACGCGCUAGCAGGCGACGGGGAGGGGGAGGGCUCGGAAGGGCCCAGCAGAGCCCUCGGCCCCAAGCAACCGCAGGCAGCCCGCGGCGCGCGCGGCGAGGCUGGUAGCGAGGCGCUGGCGGCGGCCCGCUCUGCGGUCGCCCGAGCGGCCUGCGAGCGGCUGGAGGAUUUGCUGCAGCAGGGCGCGGCGGGCGCGGGCCCGGCGCCGUUGGGCGUGGAGCGCGCCGCAUCUGCGGCGCUGGGCUCGGCGGAUGGGGCCGACGCGUCGAGCGCGGCCGGCAUGCUGUGGGGUCUCGCCAGGUACCAAGUCGCGCCGGCGGCGCCGGACGCAUACAAUCCCCUUCUGCUCGUCGCCGCGAGCGGCCCCGGCGGCCUCGCGCCCGCGGCCGUUCACAAGGCGCUCCUUGCUGCAGACAGGCUGAGUCUCGAGCCGCCCGCUGGCUGGGCGCAGGGGCUGCUGCUGGGCGGCGCGGCGCGGCUGGGGGAGGCAGCUUCCCUUUGGGAGCUCGUAGAUCUGCUGGGUGCGGCCGCGGCAAAACUGGGGCCGGCGGCAGAGGGGGCGGGGCUGGAGUGGCGCGAGGCGUUCUUGCCGGCGGCGCUCGAGGUGGCGGCGCGCCGGGCGCCGCCGCCGGCGCCGGCGCGGCAGCAGCGGCGGCGCGACGAGCCGGGUCAGCAGCAGCAGCAGCAUGAUGGGGAUGCAGGAGAGGUGGAACGCGCUGAGGCAGAGGUAGAGGAUCAAGGCGAGAGUCUGGAAAGCUGGGACCAGGAGGGCGACUCGGAAGGCGGGCGGUCACAGCAGCGGCUGCCGCUGCUCAGGGGCGCGGAGGUUUGCGCCUUCUUGUCGGCGGCGGCGCGGUCGGCGAGGUGGCUGCGGCCGACUGGUGUGUGGGUGUCGCGGCUGCUUCAGGCUUACGGCAGGUGCCCGCCAGAACCCGAGAUCCUGCCUGUUCUGCUGCCGCUCCUGCCGCGCCUCCUCCGCGACCCGCCCGACUGGGCGCGCCGCAACCGGCGCCUGCUGCGCCUGCUGGCCGGCGGGCGUGCCGCCGAGGCCGGGGUCGCCGCCGCGACGCCCGGGCAGCUGGCUGAGCUGGCAGAGGCGUGCGCGGCGCUGGAAUUUGGGGGGGCGAGGCGGGAGCUGCUGACGUGGCACGGGUCGGCGGUGCUGCGGCUGGGGAGGGGGUGUCCGCUGGACGAGCUCGUGCGGAUUCGGGAGGCGUACAUCAGCCUGAAGCACUGGCCGAGGGAGGACCGCCUCCGGCUGCUGCUGACGCAGGCGGCGGGCCGCAUGGCGACGAUCCAGCGCAAGCGGGACGAAAAGCUCGCCAUCAGGCGCCGCGUGCAGCUGAAGCAGCGCUCCCAGCUGUUUGCGAAGAUCAAGCGGGAGCGCCUGAAGCGGCUGCGGAAGCUGCGGUUCGGCCAGGGGUGGGGGGCGACGCGGCGGCAGGCCGCGGACGCGGCGAGGGGGCGCGAGGUCAAGGCAACAUGGGCCCAGCGGAAGCUGCGGCCGCCGGGGAAGAUGCAGAGGCGGUUCUGA